AUGAGUUCUAAAAAAAUUUUACUUCUUGGUACUCCAAAAUCAGGAAAACUUACUUUUCUUAAAGAAUUAACAGGAUCUUUACCAAAAAUCUCAUCAAAUAAGAUAAAUCAUGCAGGAAUAAUACAUCAAGUGAAAUUUGAUACAAAAUAUUAUAAAGCUACAGUAGAUAUAUGGGUAGAUGAGUUUUCUGAUGAAGAAAUUGACAUAUGGGUUGAAUCUUAUUUAUCAGAAGAAGCAGCUCCAGUAAGGGAAGCACUAGGUGCUAUUGUAAUUGUAUUUAGAGAAACAGAAAAAAGGCCAUUUUAUGAACAUGUAUUAAGACAAGUAAAAAAAAUUAGGCAAAUUGUUGAAGCAUGCGAUUCUUCGUGGGACGGUGUUUUAUUAGCAGUAAAAAUGCCUGAAAAAGAUUUGAACACAGUUUCAAGCAACCAAAUCGAUCACAAUGCUCUUUCAGAUGCAUGCUUAAACGAGAAUUUUGAAUAUGUUGACUUUGCUUGUCAAUCUACAAAGCAAUCUAAAGAAGGGAUAGACAGAGUCAAAGAGGCGUUAGAAGCAUUUACGUGGAAUGAAAUGUAUGAUUUGAAUAAAUUUUCCUUUGACGUUAGUAGACAAAAAAUAAAAUCAUAUUAA